AUCUGGUUUUAUGUUGAGGCCUUUGAUCCAUUUGGAGUUGAGUUUUGUGCAGGAUGUAUGCUACCACGGGCUGUUCCCUGACUCUCCACCACACAGAGAAACCAGAGCAUGAAGACAUCUGUGAAUACCGUCCCUAUUCCUGCCCCUGUCCUGGUGCCUCCUGCAAGUGGCAGGGGUCCCUGGAAGCUGUGAUGUCCCAUCUCAUGCAUGCCCACAAGAGUAUCACCACCCUUCAGGGGGAGGACAUAGUCUUUCUAGCUACAGACAUUAACCUGCCAGGGGCUGUGGACUGGGUGAUGAUGCAGUCCUGUUUUGGUCACCACUUCAUGCUGGUACUUGAGAAGCAAGAGAAGUACGAAGGUCACCAGCAGUUCUUUGCCAUUGUCCUCCUCAUCGGCACUCGCAAGCAAGCUGAGAACUUUGCCUACAGACUGGAAUUGAAUGGGAACCGGCGGAGACUGACCUGGGAAGCCACACCCCGGUCCAUUCACGACGGUGUGGCCGCAGCCAUCAUGAACAGCGACUGCCUUGUUUUUGACCCAGCCAUAGCACAUCUCUUUGCAGAUAAUGGGAACCUUGGGAUCAAUGUGACCAUUUCUACAUGCUGUCAGUGAGGCUCCGGGAGGCUUUCAGAAACCUGAGAAGUUAUUUGGGCGAACGCUCUUUGUUUAAUAAAGUUUUUUUUAAAUAGA